ACACCUCUGGAUGUGGGAUGCCUUCCAGAAAAACCUCACCUAGACAUGUUAGAGACACCUGGAUAAUUCUGUCCGGUCUCUGUCUGAAAGCUCGUAGUCUCUUGUCUCUCUUUAGAUCAUACGCUUGCAGAAAUUACUCGAUUUCCUGACCAGUCAUGUUCCAGGAAACCUCACAGUCCACCGUCCCUGCUUUUCUGCACAAACGCAAAAGUGAAACUGUGGGAUACCAGCGAACACACCGCCUGGACCUGGGGUUUUCGCAUCGGGUUCUCCAUGUAGUUGGGACGGCUCUGAGGGUCACUCUGAACAGGAGUGCCCCUCCCAAAUGCAAAUUCUUCUCAGUGAAGUGCACCCCCACUGUUCAGUACACCAUCGUGCCGUCACCCCAGGACUCAAACCAUCACUCUCCCAUUCCUCUCAAAGACAACACUGUGCUCCUCAUCACCAUGAAACACGCAAGCGAGUUUGAAAAUGACAGCAAGCUGUCACUUAGAUACUACGGAGAAGACAAGGAGGUCCUGGGCAGAGCUGGUCUUUACCUGACUGCUGUUGAGGUCUCUCUUGACGUGGAUGCUGACAGAGAUGGAGUCGUGGAGAAAAACAACCCGAAAAAGGCCUCAUGGAAAUGGGGUCCAGAUGGACACGGGGCCAUCCUGUUGGUCAACUGUGAUUCUGAGAGGACUUACUGGAAGAAACCAGACACCGAGCAUAAAUACGUCUCUAAAGUGUCAGACCUGAAGGACAUGUCACCGAUGGUACUGCGGACCAAAGGUCCUGCCAAGCUUCCGGACGGCUACAAGCUCACCCUGCACAUAUCCCAGAGUGACGCAGAGAGUGUCCGAAUCUUCAGAGCCAAAUCUGGUGAAGGAGACAACGUAAUCCUGUCACAAAACAGCAUCUAUCACUUCUUGAUGAGGGACUACCCCCUGGUCCUCAGCACAGACGUACUGUCACAGGAAGUGCCUUACCUGGGGAAUAACGGAGAGUUGAAAUUUUAUGUGGAGGGUCUCAGGUUUCUUGACAAAGACUUUGACGGCAUGGUCACCAUUAACGUCAGUCUGUUGGAGCCCAUCAGCAAAAGUCUCCCAGAGACGCCCAUUUUCACAGACAAAGUUGUGUUCAGGGUGGCACCCUGGAUCAUGACACCCAACACCCUGAACCCUGUGGAGGUGUUUGUGUGCAGUACACGCGAUAACUACAAGUUUCUGAAGAGCAUGACUAGACUUGUGGAUUCCAGCGGCUACAAGCUUAAGGUCUGCCAUGAGUACAUGAACAGAGGGGAUCGAUGGAUGCAGGAUGAAUUGGAGUUUGGGUACAUUGACUCACCCCAUCAAGGAUUUCCUGUGGUGCUGGAUUCUCCACGUGAUGGGAAACUCCGGGAUUUUCCAUAUGCGGAGAUACUGGGCCCUGACUUUGGUUAUGUGACCAGAGUGGCAGAGAGAGAGGACGUCAGCAGUCUGGACUCCUUUGGUAAUCUGGAGGUCAGUCCUCCUGUUACUGUGAAUGGAAAGAACUACCCACUGGGCAGGAUCAUCAUUGGAGUGGCCUUCCCCACGGCAACUAAAGGACGCAACAUGACCAAAGUAGUCCAAGACUUCCUGUGGGCUCAGAAGGUUCAGGAACCUGUGGCCUUGUUUUCUGACUGGCUUGUUGUGGGUCACGUUGAUGAAUUCAUGACUUUUGUCCCUGCACCUGACAGAAAGCCCAUCACAUAUACAAACAACCCAUCUCCUACAGGAAUAUGUGUGAUGAUGCUCGGUUUGGGGGAGUACACAAUUGAAAAUGGCCCCUCUAACUUUUGUUGGCAGGGCUUCCGUCUACUGCUGGCCAGCCCAGAUGCAGGUUACAAGCUGUUCAGGGGCUUAAAGAACGACGGCCAUGGACAAGCAAAACUAUUUGAGGGCCUGGAACAGGAAACUCAGAUAACGGUGGAUGAAUUACUGGAUGAUGAACAACUCCAGGCUGAAAACAGCUACGUGCAGAGCUGCAUCGACUGGAACAGGGAUGUGCUGAAGAGAGAGCUGGGCCUGGAUGAUGAUGACAUCAUUGACCUUCCAAUCUUAUUCAAGUUGGUGGGUGAUGGGGAUGUGUUCAGGGCUCUGGCUUACUACCCUGACAUGGUAAACAUGAUUGUUUUGGGGAAAAACCUUGGCAUUCCAAAACCCUUUGGACCAAAAGUGAACGGUCGUUGUAGCCUGGAGGCAGAGAUGUGCUCCCUGAUGGGGGGGCUGGGCCUCAACUGCACGUUCAUCGACGACUUUGCCUCCUACCACAAGCUGUUGGGAGAGGUGCAUUGUGGCUCCAAUGUUCGCAGGGAGGCCUUUGGAUUCAAGUGGUGGAACAUAAAGAUGUGAGGAGUAGAUGGGGCGGAGGUUCACACAUUUAACAGCAGCUCACAGAAUAUUUUAGUUUUAAACAGAUGCCACAGACCUGUCUCAAAUAAAAUCACGCUUUUUGUUUGUUUCUGCUUCGUUAGUCUUCAUGUUAACCAUUCUGAGUGAGUAACUAAGAAAUCAAUGCACAAUCUUUGAUAUUAUCAUAGUCAUAUUUAAUAAACAUUUGUAUUGGUUUCAUUUACAAAAAAGGAUGUGAAGCAGUAUUUACAAAUCUUUUGAACAAGAGUUUAAGCAGGUCAAGAACAGUUACAAUCAUUUAAACCAAUCACACAGUGUAUCACUCCCAGUCCGGUGGUGUGGAUGGGCAAUGGAAUGAAACUGGGUUAGAGAAGUAAAAUGGAAGGUAUCGCAUAGUGAUAUGUUUUAAUCUCUCAUAACCACUAGAGGGCACACCUGACCUACUCAAUGAUUUCUGCACGUGUAAAGGGAAGAAAAUUUCAAGUUUGUCAAAUGCAUAAUCAAUCUUCAUCUUUUCAGAUUUUUUUGGCUUUGGUUCAGUGUUUUUAGAAGUUUGCACUUUGUCAAACGGCAAAUACUUUCAUCAUUUAAGCAUCAACAAUAAAAGUCAAAUCAGUUCUAGUUCUCAGACUGGAAUAAAGU